AUGUCAUCAGAAGAAUUACCAUCAUGUGGUAUUAAUGAUAAUGAUAUUAAUAAUACUAUACCAAUUAAUACAAGAAAAGUUCAAAUCAUACCAAAUGGUAAUACUCAAUGUGUAAAAUGUUUAUAUAAUGUUGCAAAUAAUGUAAAAGAUAAAAAACUUUCAAAAAAAGAAAAAAAAGAACAAAAAUUAAAAGAAGAAGAAAAUAAUAAUAAUAAUAAUGAAGAACCAAUUACUCAACAACAAAAACCAAUUGGUAAACCAAUUAUUAAUUUUAGAUCAGAACAAUUAUGUUGGGAAUGUUAUAGAGAAUUAAUUUUGAAAAAGUUUAAAUUGAAUAUUGUUAAAGUUAGAGAGAGUAAAAGAGAUGCAGAGAAAUUAUUAGUUGCUUUAUCAGGUGGCACAUGUUCAUCAAUGUUGUUGGAAUUAUUGAAACAGUGUACUGAGGGUAGUGGUAAGGCAAAGAUGUUUUUGGAUAUAAAGUGUGUCCACAUUGAUGAGUCUUCAAUUACACCAUACCAAAAUCAUAAUGAUACAAUUGAAUUCUUAAAAGAAUUUAAUAAUGUUAAACUUGGUUUCCCAAAUUUAGAAAUCAUCCCAUUGGAAGAUAUCCUCGGUACUGUAACACCAUUGGGUGAAAGAACCAACCAAUUGAAACUACAAUUUGCUCAAUUAUCUUCUGAAACUUCAAAAGAGGAUUUAUUACUCUACUAUCGUAAUCAAUUAUUAAUUCAAGUAGCUCAUAAAUUAAAUUGUAAAAAAGUUAUAUUAGGUACAAGUUCAAAUAGAUUAGCUGUACAAUUAGUUGCAUCAACUUCAAAAGGUAGAGGUUUCUCUGUACCAAAUGAGACUUCUGUUAUAAUUGAACAACCAUCAAAUGAUAUUAAAUUUUAUCAACCAAUGAGAGAUUUCUUAUUAAAAGAAAUUUUCAUUUAUUAUAGACAUUUAAAUAUUUUACCAGUACCAGUAAUGUUUUCAAUAUUAAAUUUGAAACCAAAACAUUCAAUUAAUACUCUUUGUGAAGACUUUUUACAUUGUCUUCAAGAUAUUUCAAAUCAAACCGUUCAUACUUUAUUAAGAUCUGUUGAUAAAUUAAUUUCUCCUUCAAUUGAUUCAAAUUAUAAUUGUUCAAUUUGUUCAAGUCCAUUGACAAGUGCAGAAAUUAAAAGUUUAGAAAAGGUUAUAUUGGAUAAUAAUAAUAAUAUCAAUAAAGAAAAUAAAAAUAAUAAUAAUAAUAAUAAUAAUAAUAAUAAUAAUAAUGGAUGUUGUUCAACAACAAAAACAGAAGAUUCAUCAUGUUGUAAUAAAACUGAAGAUAAUAGUAGUAAUAAUAAUAAUAAUAAUACUGGUUGUUGUUCAUCAUCAUCAUCAACAUCAACAUCAUCAAUUACAGUAAAUAAGGAAACAUUAUGUUAUAGUUGUAAAAUCCUUUAUAGAGAUUUCAAAUCAACUCCAAAUAUAGCACCAUAUAUUAAAGAGAAUUCAAAACAAUUAUUAACAACAUCACAACUUAAAAAUGAAAUUAAAGACUUUUUAUUAAAUAGUGAUGAUGAUGAUGAUGAUGAAGAUAAUUAA